AUGAGGGAGCAAGAUUUGCGUGUCCUAACUCCUAACAAGUAUCAAAAACAUAGAAAGCGUUCCAAGCCUUCACAUACGGAACGUGUAUCAAACAUAGCUUACAACGUGGUCAACGGCAUUUGUAGUCCAGUCAAAGAUCAGUCUGCUCCAAUCUGCAUUACCAUUACCAAGGGAUAUCGAUCUCUCAUACGCUGAUCAAUACAUCAUAUCAGAGGGCCUCUCUUUGGAUAAGAAAAUCUGAGAAAUGGGUCGUGUGCAAGAUCUAUGUACGUGUUGUUCUUGUUCUUGAUUGGUCUUGAACAUCUUAGUGAUGCUUUGUAAUGGAGGCAUUAAGAUAUGUCAGGAGAUUAGAACAAGCCGUUGAUAUGCCUCUUGAUAGCCAUGUGUUUAUGUGUUACUCAAGAGGCAUAUCAACGGUUCCUUCUAAUCUCCUGAGAUAUCUACCGGUUGUGCCUCCAUUACAGAGCAGCACUAAGCUGUUCAGAACCAAACCCAAGACAAGAGCAACAGAACAUAGAUCUGAUCCAUUUAUCUCACUAAGCAUGCUUCUUUUUGACCUACCUUAUUUUCCAAGCUUGACUCUAUGAAAUUGACUCCUCACAACAACAUUCCGUCUGAGUGGAAACUUAAAUCUGCAAUAUGAAGUAGAAGAAUCAUGAAGAUCACUAGUCGAAUAAUCAGAAACGAAAACGACCAGAAGAUAGCCUAUUAGAAUUAGUUACAUAUACGUGCCUUGCUUAGUGAUAAGUGUAAUGAAACCUUAUAAUCAAUUAUCGUUAUUUUAAAUAUAUUGUGAUUAAACUUAACUGAAAAUCCGUUAUUUUAAGGGAGAAUUUCUUUUUAUAACCUAAAAGUUGAAUUUUUCUCAAUAUGUAAACCCCUUAUUGAAUGUUUGGCAAAACUAACCCAAAAGGGUAGUG